AUGACAAAAUCACUAGUGAUGAAGGUAUUUGUGCCACGGAAUUUGAAAGGAGAUAUGGAGUUUUUUGCGAUAGCGAGGAGGAGAUUUGUUGAUCAGAAGGAGAUCACAAUGUUGAGACAAACCCCGAUUGAGAGGGUGACGAACGAAAUGUGUGGUCAUGGAGGAACUGAUUUGAUACAUUAUGCUGAAGAAAUAAGAUGGGGUUGGAUUUGGAGUGUGGACCGAGUUCCACUAGGCCCAUCAUGUUUUUUGGGAACCAUUGGUGGAGAAAAUAAAGCGCUUAGGCUCAUGGUGGUUGGAUUGAAGCAACCAGACCCAUUUCCGGUUUUUUUUGUGAAGUCUGAAACUAUGGGGGCAAAAGAAAAAAGCUGCUUUUGGAUCACAUUGUUGGGCCUUAGCGCCAACUUACUCCACCAUAGGCCCUAA